AGGAAAAAAUAAGUAAAGGUCAGAAGCCGGAACUGUCAACCGUUCACGCAUUUACGCACAAAAUUCUCUGCAUCUUUCCGCCUCAUGACCGAGCAGCCCCACUUACUAUAAUUAAUUCCAAUAAAGCCAGCAUCUCUGCUUUAAUUGUUAUUCUCAAAAUAUUGCAAUUACACCCUCAAAAACUGAACAUCCAUUAUCUCCUUCAUUUUUCUCAGUGAGAGAAAAUUUAGAGAGAGAAAGUGAUUUGAGGUGAGAAACUGCACUGCUACAGUAUAAUGGCAGUUGUUUGGAUUUUUGUAAAUUGAACAUUUUCUCUAUGGAAGUUUCUGGUAGACGAUCGAAUUAUACUUUGUUGAAUCAAAUUCCUGACGAUACUUUCGUCCAGCCGCCACCGCCGAAGUUCUCCGCCGGAGCUGACUUGAUUGAGGACCGCAUGAUGCAAUCACAGAGCCGGGUCGGAUCAUUGCAGUUACCCGGUUCGGGAGGAUCGCAUAGGCAAUCAAGUGAAGGCAGCUACGGUGGUAGCUCGAUCUCCGGGGAGUACUACGCGGAGACUUCCUUUGGGCUUAGAAAUGACGGUUGUGGCUCGUCGGCGGCGGCAAGGAGUUGGGCGCUGCAGACGGAGGAAAGUUACCAGCUGCAGUUAGCGUUGGCGAUACGGCUCUCUUCAGAAGCAACCUGUGCUGAUAAUCUAAACUUCUUAGGUCCUGCAGCCGACGAAUCAGCAUCCCGAGAUUCAGAUUCUUCUGCAUCAGCGGAAACAAUGUCACAUCGAUUGUGGAUAAAUGGAUGCUUAUCGUACUUUGACAAAGUCCCUGAUGGAUUUUAUUGGAUAUAUGGGAUGGAUCCAUAUGUCUGGACUGUCUGCUCAGUUCUGCAAGAAAGCGGCCGUAUUCCAUCAAUUGAAUCAUUGAAGGCAGUGGAUCCCACUGUAGCACCAUCUGUUGAAGUGAUUAUAAUUGAUCGGUGUAACGAUCCCAGCUUGAAGGAACUGCAGAUUGGAAUUCUUAGCAUGUCCGCUAGUUGCAUCAGCGUAGAAGAAGUUGUUGAUCAGCUUGCCAAGCUGGUCUGCAAUCAUAUGGGGGGUGCAGCUCCUGCUGGAGAAGAUGACUUGGUUUCCAUGUCGAAGGAGCGCAGUGAUGACCUGAAGGAUUGUCUAGGAACUAUCGUGCUUCCAAUUGGUAGCCUGUCAGUUGGGCUUUGCAGGCACCGAUCGUUGCUUUUUAAAGUGCUAGCUGACAUAAUUGAUUUACCGUGUCGAAUUGCCAAGGGAUGUAAAUAUUGUAACAGAUCCGAUGGUUCCUCAUGUCUAGUUCGAUUAGGACUUGACAGGGAGUACCUGGUUGAUUUGGUCGGUAAGCCAGGAGUUUUAUGCGAACCAGAUUCCUUGAUCAAUGGUCCAUCUUCCAUCUCAAUUACUUCACCUUUGCGCUUUCCGAGAUGCAGACAAGUUGAACCUACAAUUGAUUUCAGGUCACUGGCCAAACAGUAUUUCUUGGAUAGUCAAUCACUUAAUCUACUGUUUGAUGAUUCUUCAGCUGGAGCAGCAGCUGAUGGAGAUGCAGGACAAUCAGACAGAAGUUGCAUGGAUAGAAACAAUGCAGUCCCUAGUUCAAGUAACCGUGAUGCAAUUUCUCGGUUACCUCUGCCUCCAUCAAACGCAUGGAAAAAGGGGCGUGAUAAAGAAUCUCAACUUUCCAAAAUGUAUAAUCCUUCUAGUAUGUUAAACUCAAUGAACGUGGGCAAGGACCUCGUUCCUGUGAAGCAUGUCCCUCCAAUAGGGGAAGAUGCUCAACCACUAAUGGCAUUGUCUCACCCAAGAGCAGAUACAAUAAAUGAUGGAGAACUUCUUAGUGAUGUAGAAGAGUUCAAUAUUCCAUGGAAUGAUCUGGUUCUGAAGGAGAGAAUUGGGGCAGGGUCUUUUGGUACUGUUCAUCGUGCUGAUUGGGAUGGCUCUGACGUUGCUGUGAAGAUUCUCAUGGAACAAAAUUUUCAUGCGGAGGGAUUCAAUGAAUUUUUGCGGGAGGUUGCAAUUAUGAAGCGGUUGCGACAUCCAAAUAUUGUACUUUUUAUGGGUGCUGUCAUUCAGCCACCAAAUUUGUCCAUUGUUACUGAAUAUUUAUCGAGAGGUAGCUUAUAUAGACUUCUUCAUAGACCUGGUGCGCGAGAGUUGUUAGAUGAAAGACGUCGGCUGUGUAUGGCUUACGAUGUGGCAAAUGGGAUGAAUUAUCUUCACAAACGCAAUCCUCCCAUUGUUCACCGAGAUUUAAAAUCUCCAAAUCUGCUAGUGGACAAAAAAUAUACAGUGAAGGUCUGUGAUUUUGGUCUUUCUCGUUUCAAAGCUAAUACAUUUCUUUCAUCAAAGACUGCUGCCGGAACUCCGGAAUGGAUGGCGCCUGAAGUUCUUCGUGAUGAACCAUCAAAUGAGAAAUCUGAUGUAUACAGCUUUGGUGUCAUUUUAUGGGAGUUGGCAACACUACAACAACCAUGGAGUAAUUUGAACGCACCACAGGUUGUAGCAGCUGUCGGAUUUAGGGGGAAGAGGCUUGACAUUCCAAGUGACUUGAAUCCUCAAGUGGCAACUAUUAUUGAGGCCUGCUGGGCUAAUGAGCCGUGGAAACGCCCCUCCUUUUCCACUAUCAUGGAUAUGCUGAGACCAAAUCUUAAAUCUCCUCUCACACCUCAAUCAGGUCAUACAGACAUGCAGUUGCUCACGUGAAUGUGUGUGAUAACUUUUAUGGUUUCUGCUCAUAAUAUGCAUUUGUUACUAGUCAAUGUUUCUGGGAGGAAGAAUGCUUGGAGGAUUAUGUCAGGUUUGUCUAUCUCGAAAUCUGUUUCGUCGUUCUACUGAAUUUUAAAGAUAUUGCCCUUGGUAUAUCCACAUUUUAAUCCUAGUCUAGCUGUCUAGGUAAGUUUGACAAACUAUUUGGUAGAAUGUUUGGAAUAACUUCUCCCCAUGACACACUUUCUUGGGUCUAGUGAUGCUUUGGAAACUGCUGGAGCAUCUGAACUUCUGUUUGGUGGAUUUGAGAAGGCAUUACUUUAGACUGGCCAUGACAUCAUAGCAGCUAGAAUUCUGUUGAGAGACCCAGCAUAACGAAUCUAGGUGCCAGUGAACCACUAUCAAGCUUUACUUGAGAGAUCUGAGAGUAAAUGCUCAAUAAAAUGGGUUCACCCCUUUGCUUUCUUGCACUCGAUUGCAAAUGUUUUAUGACAAUACCUCUGGGCAGUUUCUUCACAUGUAUAGGGUGAUGAAGUUGAUAGCUACGUCUGUGUAUGUUUUGCAGACUUGUAUCUAUGCAUAUUAGUUCAGGUUGCCUGUGGAGAAUACUAAGUUUUCUUCACAAAUUCAAGCAGCAGCCGCUGCCUUACGGAAGAUCCUUUGCACUGGGCAUGUCCGUUUCUCUCUAAGCACUGAUUGGCCUAGUGAUUUUGUUGAUGCCAGCAAUAACAUUUUUUGUAUUCUCUGUUCAGAAUUAUUGUUGUAUAAUUAUAUGUACAACAUUAUAAUGAAAAGUUGGAUUAUAGAAAUGCGCACAUAUUACAUACUA